UCCGGGGCGGGGGAAGGAAGAGGAGCGAGUCAGUGAGUGGUCUUGUGGUCCGCGCAGGCGCAGUUGGUUUCCUUGGUGUGCAAAGGGGGCUGCUGUAGCGGCGGCGAUGUCGGUGCAGGAGGACCCUGUCCAGCGCGAGAUCCACCAGGACUGGGCCAACCGCGAGUACAUCGAGGUCAUCACCAGCUCCAUCAAGAAGAUCGCGGACUUCCUCAACUCCUUCGACAUGUCCUGCCGCUCCCGCCUGGCCACCCUCAACGAGAAGCUGACGGCCCUCGAGAGGAGGAUCGAGUACAUCGAGGCCCGGGUAACAAAAGGUGAAACGCUGACAUAGGUGUGAUGGAGGCUGGCAAGGAGCCAUCCUGGAAAAUAAUGUGCAGCUCUUCACAAAGCUGAUGCUCAGACAUCAAAUUUCUUCAUUACUUAAUAUGGAUGGGAGUUAUGCUUGUUUCUGCCCCUUGGGAAGCUGCAUUUGGAGCCUGUGACUUUGUGUGGGUGAUUCCUGCUGAAAUUGCAGCAUGUUUAAUUAUGUGAUUUUUAUACAAGCUGAUUCAUGCAACUCAUGUCAUGCCCCCCUCUCCCCCGUGCUUGUGAAGCUGUCUUGCUUUGCGGCAACAGAAUUCUUGUGAAACCAAAUCUUAGUUUCUGGGAACACAAUUUUGUUAUUAUUGUUGUUUUGAAGGAUCUAAACAGAUUAAGGUGUUAGGGAAUAUGCCUAGUGGGCAUCUCUAGCCAUUUCAGAUAUACAUAAUAAACAUCCUGCAUAUAGCUUUUAUUGCUGGAAGACGUCACUCAUUUUGCUGCAGUUGCCCAGUAAAAUAAAUGUGCAGUAUAUAUGGGGGGCGGGGUGGGGAGAAAAUCAUGUGCCAAGGAAGGGGUUGACUUGGUUUUUUAAGUAUUUUUUAUUCUGUAAUGCAACUUGGGGUGUCUUUUCCAUUUGUGUUUCAACAAUAAAAACCACCUCUGCUGAA